AUGUCCGAGGACGACGGCGGCUUGCCCGCCCAUGAAUGGACCGCCCAGGUAUCGCCGGCCAACAGCGACUCCGAGCACGAACAAGAUGGCAUCGGCGGUCCCGAUGGUCCCUCGCAACCCAUCCAGAAGCGACGUCGAUCUGCCGUCCCAUCAACUGACCAGAAACCAAAAGAAUGCACAUAUGACAAGCCUUCGAAUAGGAGGCGAAAUCCUGCCCCUCAGUAUAUAGAGGCCUUAGAGGGUCGACUGCAGCGCGCCGAGAACCUUCUCCGCAAGUUCGUCCCCGACGUCGACCUCGCCGACCCCAACCUCGACCCUGCCAUCCAGCAAGAGUUCCACAACCGUGAACAGGCCCGUGCUCGAGCUGGUGGCAGGCCACUCCCUCCCGGCCAGCAUCUGCAGACGCCGCAGCAACAUCACCCCCCUCCCUCCAGGGCCUCACAGGAUGCCCAGCUCGUGUCCAUGAUUGACUCGACCGGCCAGCUUGAUCUAGACGACAAGGGCGGUUGGGAUUUUCAGGGUCGAUCAUCCGGAUCUGUCUUCCUCAGGCGCAUGAAGGAGCAUUUCCGUGGGAAGCUGGGCCCCUCGACGAGGCUCAAUUUCCUGUCACGCCCGGAGAAGCAGCCGUCCGGCCUGACAAAUCUCGACCCACCUACCCCGGCUGGUGCAUCACCCUUCUCCUCCACGUCUACGAGCUACACGGAGCUGCCGUCAAGGGAGGUUGCCCGUAACCUGUGCUACUACUCACUCAGCUGCGCCACGUGCCUGGAGCGGGUAGUCCAUGUACCGUCGUUCUACGACAAGCUCGACAAGAUCUACGACAGGCCCAUAGAGAGCCUCAACCAGGAAGAGUCGCACUUUAUGGCCUUGGUAUAUUCUGUGCUGGCACUUGGAUGCAUGUAUAACAGCCUCGACGACGCGAAUACCUCCAAGAUGGCAUAUAGAGACUCCAUCGACGAAGGGGUACUCUUGCAGGACAUUACUGAUUGUCGCGACCUCACAUCGCUACAAGCGCUCGUCUUCACCAUCUUCUUCAUGCAGGCCUCAUCGAAUCUUAGCGCAUGUUACGCCUUUGUGGGCAUCGCUCUUCGGUCGGCCCUGCGCAUGGGACUCCACCGUCACCUCAAACAUUCGCACAUCGACACCAUCGAGGAUGAGACGCGCCGGCGAGUCUUUUACGUGAUCCGCCAGAUGGACAUCUACGUGUCUACGCUUCUGGGGUUCCCCUUACUCCUGAGCAUCGAAGACAUCGACCAACCGUACCCGUCAGAAGUUGACGACGAGUAUCUUCUCCCCGGCAGGAUACCGCAACCGCAACCGGGAGCGACGUCCUUCUUCGUGGCCUUCAACGCCCACACACGGUUGAUGGAGAUCCUCGCCAAGAUCACUAAAUACGUCUACCCGAUGAACGGGCCUGCUCAGGGCGUCAAGAGCAGCAACCCCGUCUCGUCCUACUCAGUCAGCUACUCGCGCAUAAAGGAUAUCGAAGCCGAUCUCCACUCGUGGUACGAACAGCUACCCGAGCACUGGCGGCCCAGCCCAGACGGGUCAGUCGAGGUCGUCCGCGUGCGCCAUCUCCUCCGCUUCAUCUACGCCCACGUCCAACUUGUCCUGUACCGUCCGUUCCUGCACUACGUGUCUCCGCGUCUGGGGCAGGGCACAAAAGUCGACGAGCUAUCGUAUGCCUGCGCCGCCGCGGCCAUCAGCGUCUCCCGCAACAUCGUGCACAUUGGUCUGGAGAUUCGCAAGCAGCGCGUCCUCAGCGGCCCCUACUGGUUCAUGCUGUACACCGAGUUCUUCGCCGUCCUCUCUCUGGUCUUCUAUGCCAUCGAGAACCCGGAGAAGCCUGGGUCGGCCGAGGUGUUGGCUGAUGCGUGGGCAGGGCGCAGGAUGAUUGCCGAGUUGGCGGACAGGAGUCUCUCGGCAGACAGGGUAACGGAGUCAUUGCAGGCCCUCUUCGAUCAACUACCGGAGAAACCUGAUACGGCUACAUUUCAGAAGCAGUCCUCCAGCAAGAAGAGGUCAGCACCCCCGGUAUCAAAGGACAUCUCCAACCCCAUGUUUCCGCCGCCCCGCCAGUCGAGCGUCGGCUCCCAGCGGACAGACGAGCUCUCGCGAGCCCGCCAGGGUGGCAGGACGGCACCCCCGCCGUUUGGAACUCCCUCAUCGCAGAUGGUGGACCCGAGGAUCCAUGACCCUGGUUUCGCGACAAGCAUGGACCUGCUGGGCUACGACAUGUCGUCGCGGGCCACCUCGGGCUCGCCAAGCACGGCAUCGAGCUCUCAUCCUCCCUCAUUCCCCGUAUCACAGCAACAGCAUCAGCAUAUCGGCUCGCAGAAUGCCGUCAACAAGCUGGACAACCUGAUGUUCCCGUCGGCCGACCCAUUCGCGUACCCGAACCAGCCGAUGAUGGAACUCAAUUUCCAGCAGACCCCCUCCUCGUCGACGGCAGGUGGGGUCAGCAUCGACAGCACCAGCGGCCCCGGACCCCACAACGACGCCAACAGCUUCUUCAUGACGGGUCCCAUGGACGACGUAGACAGCCAGCUGCUAGGCCAGCCGCCGCCAUAUAUGAUGCAGCAGCCCGACGGGCACCCGGGCAUGGGCUUCCCGGCGGCCAACAUGUACGACCCUGGUCUGUUCAGCAUACAGAUGGGAGGAGGGUCGGGGGGACCGGAAGGAAGUUCCCACCACCCUCCCAACCCGGCCGCACAGCAACCGCCGCCACCGCAUCCGUCACAGGUGCAGCACCAACGCCAUCAUCACGGUAUGCCUUCUCACCACAACCAGUCCAUCCACCCGGCCUUUGCCCACCCUCGGAGGCCGCAGCCCCGUCAGGCAGAGAGGCAGAUGGACCAGAUCUUUACAGAGAAUGGCAUGCAGGCGGACUGGGGGAGCUUCUUUGGCUCGGGAAGAGGUGUGUUUCAGGGAAUGUGA